UGCGGUUCCCGCGGUCCCGCAGCCCCCCCGGCCCCGGGGUCCCCUUGGGCACCCUGGUGUGGGGGAUCGGCGUGACCUGCGCUCCCGAAAGGCUCCAGGCAGCGCUGCCCCCUCCCUCGGCCUCGCCGCAGAACGGAGCAGGGUGCUGGGGUUCUGUCUGGGUGCCGAGGCCAUGAAGAUUAACCAGGACACGGUGCUGCGAGGGAAGAAGGUGGCGCUGGUGCCCUACACCGCCGCACACGUGCCCCGGUACCACGAGUGGAUGCAGUCGGAGGAGCUGCAGCGCCUGACGGCCUCGGAGCCCCUCAGCCUGGAGCAGGAGUACGAGAUGCAGCGCAGCUGGAGGGAGGAUGCCGACAAGUGCACCUUCAUCGUGCUGGACGCGGCGCGGUGGCCGGGCCAGGCGGAGGAGGAGUCCUGCAUGGUGGGGGAUGUGAACCUCUUCCUCACCAACGCCGAGGAUCCCACCCUGGGAGAGGUUGAAAUUAUGAUUGCAGAGCCCUGCUACCGAGGCAGAGGGUUUGGCAAGGAGGCAACUCUGCUGCUGAUGGCCUAUGGAGUGAGAAGCCUGGGGAUCACCAAAUUUGAGGCUAAGAUUGGUCAGGAAAAUGAAGCCAGUAUCUGCAUGUUCAAAAAGCUUCACUUUAAGGAGGUUGCUGUGAACAGCUUUUUCCAGGAGGUGACGCUGAAGCUGGAUGUCAGUGACCAGGAGAGACGAUGGCUCCUGGAACAGACAAACCACGUGGAGGAGAAGAGCUACACUGAGCUGAAGCGGCCAGUUGGGGUGCUGGAGACCUGACAGACACAUCCAGACACGGGCUGGGUUUCCAGGGAGGAGCUGGACGCUGUUGCAAGAUCUGGGCGUGGAGGACACCGCUGAGCCAACACUGCACUUGACUGUUUUCAGUUGCUUUGUCAUCUUGUCAACUUUGCACUUUGCUGCGCCAGCCAGAAUUACGGCCUGAAGUUUGGACCUGGAGAACAGCCACUAAUUCACAGGUUUGGCUAGGAAUGACUAUAACCUUCACAUGCCGUUCCAGCAGAGCCUAAAAUCACCAGCAGUUGUUUCCUGGUGCCACCAAUUUCUGUACAAGCAGUAACUUCUCCCACUGCCCUUGGAGCAGGAUUCAUCUGUUUGGCAGACAUGGUCUCAUACGCUGGCAGCUCAGUUUGUUUACUCUUGAAUUAAAAAAAAAAAUGACAAAGCUCUGAGGUGCCUGAGCACAGUGUGAGGCUCAGCUGCUUGCUUUGGCUGCUCAAAGUGUGGUUAUGGUUUGUGACAGACAACAGAGACUCUUUGAACCCAAUCUUCCAGGGUCUGGUGCGUUGCAGGGGGGCACUGCUGUGUCCUGGCAGGGAGAGGCCCUGGUGUGGGUGAGCACAACCAAAGGGCAAGUUAAUGUGAUGAAAAUUGUUGAUAUUGGCUGAUCAAGACUAGAGCUGAGCCCCACCAUGACAGCUGUGCAAGGGAGGGGCUGGGAGCUGCAGGAGGCUGCUGAGACAAACCCCCCCAGAGCUUCAGGGCCGUGCUCCAGAUCUGGAAACCUCAGGCCAGCAUUGAAGGGAUAUAGCACUUCAUUUUCCCUGGCUGCUUUGAUGGAAGCAAGGAGGAAGAGGAGAAUACAGUGAAAGGAGACAGCUCCCUUCUUCCAGCAGCUCAGGACUUGCUCUGCUGAGCCUGGAGGCUCCAUUUGCUGCUCCACUAAGAAGGAUGGGGGGAAAAAUAUCUAUGACUGGGGGGCAGAUAUAUUUAGGUGGGAGUUAACCAGCCUGAGCAGCAGUAGAUCCAAGAUCUAUGGAUGAAGAAGGGGCACUUGCCUGACUCCCACUGGACAGACUUACCCGUGCAGUUACUCAGCCUGACCUCUCCUGCCCUACACAUCCUCUCUACAGCAGGGAGGCUUGCUAAGAGGAGAGGACAGAAGGUAAGGAGGAUAACUGACUCUUGUGUGUUUUCCCACUGUAGUAGCAGCCGUAAUGGCUAAUCCUAGACCAGAAAUUAUCUGUUCCAAUGACGCAGGAUCAGGUAAUAACUUUCGGAUUCGCCCAGGGAUGUUUAUAUUGGAGACUGGCAGUCUGUGGAAUUUUUAGUGUUGCUGUGCCUUAUAUUUUUAGAGCCUGGGGCGUUUUA